AUGGAUGCAGAAGAUGAACAAAGUCUCGAAGAACGUCUUCGUGCACAGAGUACUACUACUAAUAAUACUAAUAAUAACAAUAAUAAUAAUAAUAAUAAUACAAAUAAACCUUUAACAACUCGUGUAACAACAUCAAGUGUUAAAUCCAAUCGACAUACAUUUAAAGAUGAAAAAAUUGAAUCUCACACUGAUAAAAAUGGCGUUUGUUAUCGAGUCGGAGAUCAUGUUUAUUUGGAAACAAAUAAACAAGCCGAACCAUAUUCAAUAGCUUGUAUUCUUGAUUUCCGUUUAACAAGAAAAGAUCAUGUUAUGCUUGAAGUACGUUGGUAUUAUCGGCCUGCUGAAAUUCCACCUAAUCUUUAUCAUCUUCUUAUUGAAGAUCGUUAUCAUGAAAAUCAGGGUAACAAUCAAACAUCAUCAAUUAAAGAUAAACAAACGAAAGAUUCUGGUAUAAUACAAGAUCCAAAUAUUAUUGGUCGUGAAUUAUUCGUAUCGGAAAUCAAAGAAUUCUAUCCGGCCGUACACAUUAAAGGUCGAUGCCGUGUUGCUCAUUAUCAAGAUAUUGAAGAAGCUCGUGCAUUUAAACCUGAUCCGGAUACAUUCUUUUAUAUAUUAACAUACAAUCCUGAAGCGCGCAGACUGGCGAACACGCAAGGUGAAAUACGUGUUGGCCCAUCACAUCAAGCCAAAUUGCCACUUUUGAAAUCAUAUUCAUCGUCGUCAUUAACAAAUGGUAUUAAUAAUGAUGAUUUAUGUUCAUUACGUGAAGAAUUAUUAUGGAAAAAUAAAACAUCCGAUAUUGAUUUAUCCAUGUAUUUACAAGCAGCACGAUCAAUUGCAGCAUUUGCUGGUAUGUGUGAUCGAGGUUUACCAGAAGAUAUGUAUGAAGUAGCACAACGAGAUGAUACAACAAUAAAUGCAUUAAAUGUUUUACAUAAUCAUGAUUAUGAUUGUAAACGUGCUAUACAAGCACUUGUUAAAUGUCCAAUACCAAAAGGUAUUGAUAGAAAAUGGUCAGAUGAUGAUCAAAAAAAAUUUAUUAAAGGUUUAAGACAAUAUGGAAAAAAUUUUUAUCGUAUACGUAAAGAACAUUUACCACAUAAAGAAACAUCAGAUUUAGUUGAAUUUUAUUAUUUAUGGAAAAAAACUCCACAAGCACAAUCAAGUCGUCCACGUCGUCGACAACGACCAUGUUCAACAUCAGCUAAUUUAUCUACAACACCAACACCAGCUAAACAACGUAAUACAAAAACAAAUAAUAAAGAUGAAUCUGAACAUAAUUCUGAUAAUGAUGAUAAUACAACAAUAACAACAGAUACAGAUGAACAAUUUUGUCGUCAUUGUCAAACAAUAUCAAAAGAUUUACAGCCAGGUGGACGUGAUAGUCAACAAUUAUGUUAUGAUUGUCGAAUGUAUUAUAAAAAAUAUGGUGAAAUGCCAAUUAUAAAUCAAGAACCACCACCAUAUUUAUUUAAACCAUUAAAUGAAACAAGUCCAAGUAGUAGUAGUAAAAGAAAACGUAAUAAAUUUAAACAAUCAUCAUCACCACCAUCAUCAACAUCAACAAUUGAAAAAUCUGAUGAAAAUAAUUCAUCAAUAAAACCUUCAUCAACACGUUCAAAAAAGAAAACUCGUAUUAAUGAACAAACAUCAUUAAUAAAACAAGAAAGUACAGGAGAAGAAGAAGAAAAUAUCAAAGAUGAAUCAAUAAUAAAUACUGGAAUCAAAAUAGAAGAACAAGAAAAUGAAAAACCAUUAAUAGAAUCUUCAGAUUCGAUUCCUACGACAACAUCAUCUGGUUUUCUAAUUAAAGCCGAAGAAUUAUCAUCACCAACACUAUCUCAACCAUUACCACCAUUAAUAACUAAUGCAACAACAUGUAAACAAGAAAUAAAUUCUCCAUCAUCAAUAUUAUCAAAUGGUGCUGCAAAAAUAACAAAUAAAAUUCUUAUUGAUCAUACAAAACAGACGAAUUGUAAUUUUAUUCUAUCUCCAUCAUCAACAAUUAAAUCUGAACCAAUAAGUAUAAAUGAAAAUUCAUCAACACUUCAUCCAAAUUUAUUACAAUCAUCAUUAUUAUCUUCACCACGUUCAGCAUUUUCACGUACAUCAAAAACAUCAUCUAUUCAUAGUCCUGAUCAACGACGAAUACCUAAAGAUGAAGAAUUAGAUUCUCCAUCAUCACAUCGAUCACAAUCACAUUCAAAUAGUCUUAGUCAUACACCAAAAUCAACUUCGAUUCAUCCAACAAUUCUUAGUGGUGAUGUAACUCCAUCAUCUCUUAAUUUACCAUCGACAACAUCAGCACCACCACCACCACCACUUCUUAUUCCAUCAUCAUUAAAUGAAUCAAAAGAUAAUGAUUCGUUAACAACUGAUAUGACUGAUGAUGGAAAUAUAUCAGAUAGUUCAAUGAGUGGUAAUCAUGAAAUCAGUUCUGAUAGUGGACCAGCACCAUUAACAUGUGAAAGAGAAUGUUAUAAUAAACCACAAGGAAUUGUUUUAUUACAAGUUUACGAUCGAUCAAUAUCGCAAAAUUCUUGUGCACGCACCGAUAUUAUACUUAAACGCGGUUCACGUGUACGUCAGAAACAACAACAACAGCAACAACAAGUAUCAUCAAAUAAUAAUGAACAACAACAACAGCAACAACAACAACAACAACAAGAAAUACCAUCAAUGCCUCCAAUGCCAUCAGUACCAUCAUCUGCAGCUAUGAUGAUGAUGGGACUUAAACAAGAAGUAGGAAAUUUAUCUAAAUUACCCUUUUCUUUGGAUAAAGGACCACCAUUACUUCAUUCAUCUGGUCCACCACAACAGCCACCACCGUCAUUUUCAACACUUAAUCAUCAUCAUGAUUCAUUAUUAAUGAAUCGUAGUAGUUCUUUAUUUCAUCCAUUACCAUUACAUGCUAUACCCGGUGGACCUAAACCACCUGGUGCUGGUACUACUGGACCACCACCAUUAAAUUUUUCUUCACCUUUUGGUCCAUCAUUACAUGAUAAUGCUGCUGCAUUACGUCAUCUUGAUCCAUUAGGUUUUCGUUUAAUGAAUCCUGCAGCUGCAGCCGCUGCUCAAUUAUUUGCUGCUCAAUCACAUUAUAAUACGAGUAUUGGACGUCCAACUCCAGGCAGUUUUGAUCCGACUACUGCAGUUCUUUUACUUGAUCCUCGUUAUCGUAGUAUGAUGUCACCAUUUGGUACUCCAUCCCCUUCAUCAGCUAUAUUACCAUCACCAUCAAAUAAUACAUCAGCAUCCGCUAAUUCUGUUUCAAAUAACACACAUAAUCAUUCUCAUAUUCAUUCUCAUUCACAUACACAUCUUCAUUUGGGUAACACCAAUGAUUCACCGUCAUCAUCAUCAAAUAAUUCAAAUGGACCUACAAUACCACCACCACCGCCACCAUCAAUGAUGCCAUUUGGUCUAUCUCAUGGUGGACAAUUGUUACAUUCAGCUGGCCCACCACCACCUCCAUCAUCGAUGUCAAGUCUUGAAGCAAUGCAUAAUUUAUCACGUGAACGUGAAUUAAUGGCAUUUAUGUUAGCUAAUGGUGCACGAUUUGAUCCAAUGGCAUUAGCACUUGCUGCUAAUCCACUUCAAAUGUCACGUCAUGAAGAUCUCUCUCGAUUAAAUGCACGAGAACGAUCAAUACGUGAACAUAAUGAAAAUGAAUUUCGUCGUUUCAAUUUAGAUAUGGAAAGACAACAACAACAACUUCGAUUUCCAUUUCAUCAUUAA